AUGUCUUAUAUAAAUGCUUACAAACAUCGGACAAAUAAAAAUGGUUCAUCUGAAGAUGAAAAGCAAACUUUGUUGGUGUUUGGGUAUUCAUGCAAGCUUUUCAAGGAUGACGAAAAAGCUCUUUUCAUUGAUCAAGGUAAACAUUUAAUACCCUGGAUGGGUGACGAGACAUUAAAAAUAGACAGGUAUGCAUCAAUAAUUGUUUACAAAUAAAAUAAUAUUUAGGGAUCUAUAUGUUUUGGCUUUACAGAUAUGAUUGCCGCGGGGCUUUAAGCGACUUGCAAGCUGUAGAAGCCCUACCAUUUGGUCAAAGUCGUUGGGAAGGAUUGACACCUGAAGAGAAGAAGAUUGAACAACUAUGCGAAGAAGAAAGGUAUAAAUCUCUCAAUGACAAAAAUGAAGAAGAAUCAAUUUAUCAAGGUAAACAAUAGUCGUCUUACUACAAUUGUUUUAUUGUUUUAAAAAAAGCAGUUAAUUGAAUUAUGUUCAAUAACAAAAAAAAAACACGUAGGUAACACAUUAACAAACAGCUAGGUACAAUGUGUUAGAAAAUAAUUAACUAUAAUAUAAAUAUUCAGAAAAUAAAAUGUAGGAAAAUAUUAUACUAGGUAGAUUAUAAACAUGUUGGAAUUCGAACAAUUAAAAACACUUAAAUAUCAAAUUAUUAAAAUUUGGAAUCUAAACAAUUCAGAACACUUAAAUGUCAAUAUAAAAUAAUAUAAAUAUUUUGGUUUUUAUUUUAUCUAGGGUUCAUUUUUUUUCCCUGACUAUUAUUCUGAUAAUUUAGAUUUUCAAAAAAUUGGUUUUCAAACAAUUUAUUUUUGUCACCUAUUUUCUAGGAUUUAUUUUUUAAUUUUAAAUUAAUUAAAAUUAAGAGUUUUAGGUUCUAAUAUAUAAUUGUUUUUGAUUUUUAUUUUCUGUGCAUUUAGCCACAACUAAAUAAACAAGAAUGAUUAUGAAACUAAUAGAAAACUGAAGAAAAUAAUAAUAAUUUAUCAGAUUGAGGUUUAAAUCCUUUACAUUGACUUGUUAAACUACUAUAAAUAAUAGUUUUAGACAUUCAAUUUUUUUUAACUGCAUAGUUUAGUAAGAAUUAUUAGCAUAAAUUGUACACUUGAAUUAAUGUUUUGGUAUCUGGAGGUUUUUUAGUUUCUUUUAUCUCUAAAAUAAAACAAUAUUUGCUAUUAACUAUUAUUAUAAGUUAAACAUUAUAAUCUAUGAAUUUAAUGAUAUUUAUUCUUAAUUUGGUGUUCAUAGUCUGUUGCGUUUUUAUUUUGACUUGUGUUACCUAAUGAUAAGUUUUAAAAUCUAAAUUAGUUGUAAGUAGAAACAAAAUGUACAAUACUCCAGGCAAUGUUUUUCUUAUAUAUUUUAAUGUUAAACAGGUGUCACCCUUAUUGUUGGAGGUGAAAUGACUACCUACUUUUGAUUUUAAAAUAGCAACCUAUAUUGAAAAUGCCUUAAAUAGAUAGAGUAUUAGUUAGAAUACAUUAUUUCUGACAACUAAUAAUGGAAAAAGUAAAUACUUUUUGAAAUAAUGACAGUUCAACGAUAAAAGAAUCACUCAGUAGACAGAGAUUUAAUAAUCCAUGAAACAUGAUGGGUUACCCUAUAUUAUCAAAUUAACUUAUUGUUCUAUAAAAUAUUUUAAAUUUUAAAUAGAAAGGAAAAAAAAAUGUAUAGCCUUUAAAAUUUUGUUAAAUUAAAUUUUUCAAUUACUUAUUGUGUUACUUAUUUAGGCAACUCUUUGACAACUUAGUAUUCUAGUAUUCUAGUUAUACCGAUGUUUUUACUUUCUAAAUGCUUUUGUGAUAUAUUAGUUCAUAAUAUAUUUGUUUGCUUGUAUAUAAAUGUAAUUAGAGGAAGAACUCAAACGACUCCACCAAGCUUUGAAUAAUGAUGAAAAGGAAUAUGGACAAGUUGGUUAUAAAUAUGAAGACGAAUCUUCAAACACAUCUGAAGUAAAAACUAUAGAUGAUACUGAAUAUGAUCCUGAACUAGAAGAAGCUUUUAUACCACCGAGAGAAUUAGAAAUUCCUUCUAAUAUGCACGUUGUGAGAUAAAUAAAAACUUAAAAAUUUGUUAAUGGUGAUUUUACAGUUUAUUUUAUUUUUAGCCUACAACAAAAAAAUUAAAUGCUAUCAUAGAAAAAACAGCAUUGUUCAUAUCAAAGCACGGAGCCCAAAUGGAAGUACUGUUGAAAGCGAAACAAGCACAUAAUCCUCAAUUUGAGUUUUUAUCCUUUGACCGGCCACUAUACCCUUACUAUCAACACAUACUUUCAGCUAUCCGAUCUUGUCGUUAUAAUCCUACUCUUGCUAACGAUAGCGCUGAAGGUAAUAUUUUACAAUCUAAACUAAAAAUGUUUAUUAUUUAUCAAAAUAUAUUAUUUUAGAUUCAUUAGAUUCCUCAAAUGAAGAGAGUUACCUUCAUCCGAGUCUGUUAAAAAGUGCAAAACAACCAGAAACGGUAGGUGCCCCAGUUUGUGUUCUACUAUACAUUUUUUAACCAAUUUUUUAAAGAGUAUUAAUUUUGACAAAAAAAUAUGUGAUAACAUUACUUGUCUGUGAUAUCUUACGUCAUUUGCUAAUAAUUUAUAUUUUUAUUUUUUUUUAAAUGUGUAUAUUUUAUUAAACAGUGAUUAUUUUAAUGAUAUUUUAGAUGAAUCAUUAUACAAAUUAAACUUAAAUUACAGAAUUUUGACAUAAAAAUAUAUAAAAAAAAUUUGAAUUUAUUCUCUUUAUUCUUUUAUUUUUAUUUUUUUUACACAUAAUUAAAUGGUGUAUUCAAUAUUUCUUUUUCCUUUUUUUUUCACUACUGAAAUAAAUUAAAAAUGGUAAUUUUAUUGAAACAAAUUGUACCAUAAAAGAGUAGCAAUUUGACGUUAAGUGAUAUCUUGGAUUAUAAUGUGUUGGUUAUAACUGUAGAUAAGACAUUCAUUUAUAAUAUUGCCAGUGGAAUACAUCAUCUAUGUACAUUUAAGCUAAUAAUGAGGUAAAAGGUUAAGAUGAAGACUGGUUAGAUUUCAUAAAAAAAAUAUAUAUCUUUGAUGAAAUUGUAAAUAACCAUGAUUUAUAAUACAAAUGGAGACAAUACAUCAAUGUGUUGAAAAUAUGUCAUCUUGAAUGCCGUGUGGUCUGGAUGCUGGUAAGUUAUGUGAUUCUUCUUUUAAAUAUUUUGAAAAUAAUAUUAUUUUAUAUUGGAUAUAUUUAUAGAUAUUUCCAUGAUUAAUUGGUUGUAUAUAAUUUUUAUUUUUAAAUUGAAAUUUAUCUAAUGAUAAUAUUGAGUAGACUAUUAACCUGAGUGAUUUACUGAAAUGGAUUAUAUUAGAGAAAUAAUUAAUAUAUAAUAUACAUUGAAAAUAAAGUAUAAAGUAAAAAUAUCUCAUAUAAAAAAUUCUAAUUUUAGAGUGUUUUUGGUAUUACUUUUCCAUAAAUAUCAACAUAUAAAUCUACAUUUCUAAAUCUUAUUAAAAUCAAUAUAACUAAUUUUACAAUAAAACAUUAGGCAUGUUAUAUAAAUUCAUUGAAUUUGUAAACUAAUACAGUAGUAGAUGAAAAGGUAAAAUAUAUAUAGUAAUUAAAUAUAAACUGCUACAUAUAAGUGUCUAUAAUUGAUAUUUCAAAAAGUGUUGAAGUUUUUUUUGACAAUUUAAGAAACAAACAGUUCUCAAAUUUUAUAUUAUCAUUUUAUUUUGUCACUUUUAUUUUUAGGGACAGAACAUUAUACAUAUUCUAUAAAUAGAUAGAGUAUUAAUUUAAAUAAAUGUUGGUGUUGAUUUUUGAUAUCCAUCAACUCAUUGACAAGAUAUUCGUCUUUAAAGUUUGGGUAGGGGUAGAGUGCUGAAUACUGGAGCACUAUUAAAAUACCAUGUACCUUGCUGCCACACAAAUUAUGCUAGACUACUCCUGAAAUCACGAAUUUCAGCACCAUAAUGUAUUUAAACCAAUGCACCAUCAUGGAAUUUUUAAUUAGGUAUAAUUUAAUAAGGUGCGAUUUGAAAAUCAAAAUAGGAAAUUGUUCUAAUCAACCCUAAAACAAAGGUAACAAACAAUAAUUAUGAGAAUGUAAAAUUUUAGAGUUUUUUGUUUCUUAAAUAAACAAAAAAAAUUUUGUUUGAUAAAAUGCAAUACUUUUUAAUGUAUGGAUUGGAAACACUUUAAUAGAAAUAUUGUAUAUCUAUAUGCAAUUAUAUAAUAUUAAUGACAAAAAUUGAUUUUGAUUUUCAUAAAAGUUUUUAACUUAAAACAUUAAUAAAAAUAUUAUUUCAUUUUCAACCUUUUUUUUACCAUUAAGUAUUAUUUAUGAUGGACCUAUUGUGAAUUUUUGAUAUUUGUUUAGUUUUAUAAGUAAACUUUUAUAAUAGCAUGUGUUAUGAAUCUUAUGCUAAACGAAAAAUUCCGAAUUUUAUAAAUACAUUAGUUUUACUUUGAACUGAUUAUAUCACAAUAAUAAAAUCAAGGCGGCUAGUGAGUCUUUAGUAAUUAAAAAUCACCUUUUCAAAGAAAAAUCUAAAUAGUGUUAUUUUAUCAAUUUAGUAAAUAUUAGUUGUUUAUAAAUUAAAAUAGCAUAUUUUGUCUAGAAUUAUCUAAUAAUUGUUAUCUGACAUUUUGUGAAUUUAUAUUCUGUGGUUGUGAUUAAUUUUAUUUAAACAAUACAAGUGGUUAUUUUUAAGUGAUUUAAUUUAUUAUAAUAUUUUUUAGCUAAAUUAUUAAAAUACAUUAAAUUUAAAUUGAACUAGAUAUGUAGAAAAAAUAUGUAAAUAGGCAUUUUUAGAGGCAAACAAUUUAUAACUGUAGGACUCGUGAUGUUUCUGAUCAAAUAAUUUAAUUAUUAUUUAGGUUUUAAGAUAGAAAGUCAAUUUUUUCAUCGUUUAAAUUUAUUUGUUCGCUUUUUACAGUUUUGUAAAAAUUAUUCAGUAUUAGUAUUAAAAAUUGAAAAUAAUUUAAACUAUUAUUACAUUAAUAUUUUCCAAUUUUUACCAAUUAAUAAAAAUACUAAAAGGGAAAUCAAACAAAUACUAUCCCAAUACACCAACUAGACAAAAUGUAUUACCUGCAACUACCCCUGAAGUUGACAACUGGAGUAAUACUUUUGGUAUAAAUUAAUUAACGGAAAAAAUAAAAAAUAGUAAAACCUUAAAUUCCUCGCUAUCCUCAAAACCUGAAAUUAACCAAUCAAUAAUAAUUAUGUAAACAUAUAUUAUAGUUCAACCUCAAUUUAACUUGUAAUUAAUAUGUAUCCUAUUUAAAAUGUUGGGUGUAACAAAAAUGUUGUUUUUUAAUUUUCCUCAUUAUCAUCCUGUAAAGAAAAAAUUGAAUAAUAAACUAAACUAAAUUAAAUUUUGUAUAAAUAUAUUAUGCCUAUUACAUUAGUUUAGUUGUUUUUAAUUGACAUAGUAUUAUAUAUUUUUAAGUUCUACAAUAGAGGUUCUAUUUUACAGAAUGAUACAUCUCCCAGAUUUUACAAAUAUUAAUAAUAUUUUUCAAGUACAAUAUUUAUGAUUUAAAUUAUUGUACUCUGAACAGUUUUUAAAAAAUUAAAAAAUAAAUUUCAAUUUAUACUUGUAUUAGUUUUUAAUUUUGGUAUUCACUGGUUCUUAACUAUUAAUCUAAAAAAAAAAAUAUUGACUGUUUUAUUUUGACUUCAUAUCAUUAAUUUUAAUAUUUUUUUAAAGAUCAAUUCUGAUUGAGCUAAUUCAAAUGAGUAUGAGUACUACUUUAUUAGUAUUGACUAAUUUUAUAAUAUAACAAUAUAACUGAAUUUGAGACAGGUAAGGCUAGAGGAAUUUACAUCAUAAUAAUGAUGUAUUUCAAUUACAUUCUUGAGUAAGAGAAUCAAAUACCCUAUUUAUUUUAAAUCAAGUAAGGUAAGUUAAGGAUUCUCCAUUAAACAAAAUAUUAUACCUUAGUACUAUGUUUUUAUUUUUAUCCAACAUGAGUACUGUUAUACAUUUUUAUAGGUAUCGAUAAUUUUCAUGGAAUAAAGCAGAUUAUUUUGCCAAUUUAAAUUAUUACGCGUAUCAUAAAACACUUCUAAUUAAUUUUAUGUCAUAUUUUUUGUAUACAAUUUCAAUAUUAUGUUUUAUUUUUCAGGUUAUAACUGUGAGCGGAUCGAGUUUCUAUUUAUCCAAUUAUAUUUUAGCUUCUAUUUGUACCCAAUAUUAUAUCAAAAAAUUCCUUUUACUUAAUCUUUCCUGAUUAAAAAAUAAUAAUAAUAAAAUUAUAAUCUUCUAUUGUUAAAUUUUUCCUUUUUAAAAUUCUCAAUUGAAUUAAUAAAAUAUUAAUUUAUUUAGUUUUCAUAUAAUCUAGUUUAAACAUUGAGAAGUCUAUUUGAUUGCUCCCUAAUUUAAUUCCUAUUAACCAGAUUUUAAUGGAAUAGGAAUUAAAUCUCGUUUUGCAAAAAAAUUUCUAUUUAGUACCACUGCAAUGUAAUAAUUUAUUUUUAAUUGAAUUUAUUUCCAGACGCCAUUUAUACCAAACAUAACAUACAAACCUUCUGCAGACUGUUCAUACUUAAUGCUAGUAAACAAAAUUAAAGAAAAACAAUCUGCAAUGCCAGUAGAAGAGACCAGUAUCAUUGAAGUAGAAAAUGCUUCCACAAAUGUUACCUCAUCAGAAUUUGAUGGACUGACAAAAUCAGCAAGACGACGACUGAAAAGGAAAUUAGUAUCACAGUCUUCAUUAAAUGCACCAAACUCUCCAGACUCUGAUGAUAAUGAAAUUAUUGAUGAAUUGAAUUUAACUGAAGUAUGAACAAUUUAAUUUAAUGAUGAGUUAUUCUUUGACAGUAACAAGAGAUUUUUUUUAAAAUUAAUUUAAUAACAUUAGUUAAUUAUAAUUGUUAUAGAUCUAAUUUGAAAAUAAUAGAUUAAAGACAGGCUUAACUGUCUUUGAACUGUUUGAAAAACAUGAUAAAUUACCAUAUUUAAAUUCAAUGAUACUUACUAAACAUUAUGAAUAUCAUCAUUUUUUUAAUUUCCUAGUUUAAGAUAUUCCAGAAAAUAUUACUAAUAACAAUAUUUAUAUAACCUCGUGAGAAACAACAUAGAAAAUAAUUUUACUUCUUUUUAAAUCAUAUUAUUCAUAGGUUUUUAAUAAAAUAUUGAUAAGCUCUUUAGGAUAUUAUUCCCAUUUACUAUUAUAAUUUUAUUGUUAGGGAGUGAAUAAAAAACCAUCAAAGUGUAGUAGUAGUAGUAAUAGUUUUGAUAAAUGUAGAUUAAAUUAUGCACUAUUAUUCUAUUAGUUAAGUAAUUUAAAACUGAUAAUUUUAUUAAUUGUUAUUACACAUUUUCUUAGGCGAAUGAUAUAAAAAUAGGGUCAGAAAUUUCAAACACAGUUCAACCAAAUAUUAUAGUUAAUGUUGAUGUACCUCCCAAUGAUUUACAAAUUAUAAUUGAUAAAAUGGCUUCUUAUGUGACAAAAAAUGGAAAACAAUUUGAAGAAACUGCGCGGAAAAGACGUAAGUAUAGGUUAAAGUUAUGAUUUGAUCUUAUGAAAAUUGUGUUGUAUUAUUUUUAGAGGAUCCAAGACUAAAAUUUCUAGAGCCCGAUGAUUGUUUCAACGCGUAUUACACUCAAAAACUUAAACUUUAUGCAACAAUUAAACGUUUGGAACAAACAGCUCCAUCCAAAUCAUUUGUGGACACUAAAACAAAUUCAAAAUGUAACUAUAAUCAAAUAUAUUAGUAUUUUAUCAAACAGUAGACUAUAGUGAGGUAACCUAUUCAUUUUUACUAUUAUAAUUUUGCAUUUUCUUUCCAAAUAACAUUCAACACAAUUUUCAGUUAAUAGCUUUAAUAGGUACUAUAAGUGAUAAAAAUAACAAUUGAAAUUAUCAAGGGGAAAAAAAGAAAAUAUUAUUAUAUAAUUUAAUGUUUUAAGAAAAAUUUAUUAUAAUAAAUAAUUAUUCAGUACUUAUUAUCAAUCAUCAUUAUAAUCUUCGUUAUUAUGUUUUAAUAUAAUUAUUACCUAUUAAAUAAGUAUUAAAUUCCCAUGAUCGUUUUAAAAUUUUGAGAUAUAAAAUUGAUUAUUAUCAUAGUAUUAAUUUAACAAAUUGUUUUACAUAUUAUAAAAUGCAAUUCUAACUUUACAUAUUUUCAUAGUACCUGUAUGUUUUUCAUUAAAAAAACAAAAAGAAUCUGAAGGUGUGGAAAUAAAAAAAAGUGCUCUAGAAGAUAGUUCAAACGAAAUGAGUGAUGAUGAUCAUAGGAAAGAUCGGACCAACAAAACAGAAUCUAGCCAUUCCAAAACGAAUAAAUCCUCAUCCUCAUCUGGAUCUGUUAAGAAAAACCCAUUACAAAAUACAGCUAAAUUAGGUAACUGAGUAUUAUUUACUCAUAUUUUAUACCUAACUGAUUUUGCAUUACAUAUUUAUAGUAAGCCUAUUAAUAGGUUUACUAUUGGUCAUCGGGUACUAUUAGGUAAUAUACCUAAUUUGUUUCUUUAACAAACAAUAUUUUUAUCAAAGUAAGAACAAAAUAAAAAAAAAAAAAAAUGAAUAAUAUCUAUUUAGGACCAAUGUAAUAUUAUAAGUUUAAAUGUGAAUUUAAAUGCCUACUUGAAAAAGUAGUAUAUAGUUAUAAUCAAACCGAGAAAUGUUUAAUAUAUAUCAAUAAGGAUAAUCUAUCUUAUAUUAUAGCUGAAGAUAGAUUAAAAGAUAAAUUGGCUAUGGCAGCCAAAGAAAAACUUGCCAUGCUAGAAAGGGAACGUACAAAAAAAGAAAAAGAAAAAAUCCAAGCCGAGAGGAAGAGAAAAGCCGCACAGUUUUUAGCUUCCAUGAAAAUUGUGUCCUCUUCUAAUAGAGAAACGACACAGUGUAACAACGCCACCAUCACUGCUACCCAAGAAGUGAUAAUGAAAUCUGAUACUGUCAGUCCGAGUAAGUGCAGUGAACUAGUGAAAUUUAUUUCAUUCCAUGCUGACACAAGUUUUGUUUUAUUUCAGAUUCUCCCAUCAAAAAUACUAUAGCAACUAAUCUGAUAGAGAAGAGACCCUCUUCUCCUGUUCCUGAGAAGAAUGGUUUGCUCACUACUGGUGACAGUUUACCCCAAACUGCACGGUUUUCAUCUGCCAGAGUGCAAGAAAUCAUUUCUAUUGGUUCUAGGUAUGCAAUAUUUUACCACAUGCCUGUGGCGUUAGGAAAUGACAUAGCUAACAAUGUCUUUAUGUAGAGAAAUCAAGGUGGAAUUUUGGUGAAAUCAAAGGAUCCACCAGUCCUAAGACUUGGACUGCAUUUAAUGCAUUUCAUCAGUAUUUAUACUGAUUUAUACUACAAAAAGGGCAGAUCCCAAUUUUUUUUAUAAUAUAUAUUCUUAACUACAACAUUUGUUACUUAUAAUUAGGGCUGGGAAUGUAAUGCCUAAUUAAACCCUAAAAAAUACUUACAUAUCCAAAAACUUAAAAUAAUGUAUUAAAUAAUUUUGGUUUAAAUCAUAUUUAUAUUAUAUGAAUACAAAAUUUUAAAAAAUUGAACAUAUAGAACUUCUUUGAAUUGGAUUUAUUUUAAUCUGAUUUGUUUACUCAUAAUUUAAUAUUAAACAGGAAAUCUAAUGAUUUUAAAUAUACCAUUAUGUUAAUAUUGCCAAAGAUAACACCAAUCAUUUUCUCAUUUAUACCAUCAUAUGAUAAUAUAAAAUGUGUACACAUUUUAAAAUAAUAUGUUGUAUACAAAAACUCCUAAAUGCCCCCAAAACCUUUUUUAUUUUAAAAUCAAAAAAGCAAAAUAAAAUAUCAUUUAUUUAUUAUUAAAAGUGCAUAAAUUUAUAACAAUAUUAGCAUCGCCCCUCAAGCUUUGGAAAAAAAUACAAAGUUUAUUGAAAUCCCAGCUCUACUGCAUGUUUUGUUUGCUACAUAGGAAAACAUGUUAAGUGAGGUAUAAAUCUGUUUAAUAAGAAUACAAAUUUUACUAGUGCAUGAAUUUGCUUAUUUUGGUUUAUUUGGCAUUUUUUAAUAGACUUGGUGUAUAUUUCGUAUACAUUGAAGAAAUUAUUAAUAGUUUUUGUUUAAAAUUAAUGAAACUCACAAACAUUUUCAUUUUCGAAGUUUUAGUAUUUGUUAAGGUUUUUUUUUUAUUCUUGUAUGGCCUUAUGGGCCAUUAGGGCUACAAGGGCUAUUAGGUUUUUCAGCAGUACCACAAAAUCAAUAUUAUCGCACUCCCUCUGUUUCGAUAUUGCAAUCAGUAUUUAUUUUUGGUGAAACUAAGUUGUAUAUGCAUGCAAUGCUUUCCACCUUCUUAUGAACUAAAUCCUAAUAGCUGUUAUAUCAUUAUAUGCUAUUUCGUAGAAUAUUUUUUAUGCAGCCUAUUAGAAUUUUUUGUAAAGACAAGAUCAAUUAUUUUUUUUUUCAUUUUUGAAAAAUGCAUUACGAGUUCUGCUUAUAAAUAUUAAAAUAAUUGUAAGGUAUUAUAUCUUUUGAAUAACAUUAAUGUGGUAAAAGUAAAAUUUAAAAAAUCAGUAAUAAGUUUAAUAUGUAAUAAAAACGUUAAACGUGUGCAUGUUCAAUAAAAUACAUAAAAACUCAAUUCGUAUUCUUUUACAAAUUUGUGUUAAUAAAUAAUAUUUAGUUUAUAACAAUGUAAGAAUUACUUAGGCUGGGAACAUUUCUUAUAAGUAAUUAUACUAAACAAUUUUUAUCUUUCAAAUGGUAAUAUCUUUAAGGACCUCUACCAUAAUAUUUGUUUUCUUUCGGUUUCACGCCUAAUAUAUCAUCAAAUGCACGUGAUACUUUUUGGUUGCAUUUAAGUGAAAAGAACCCAUUUAAUGAGAAAAAAUAAAAAGUACUAUGCCUUGGCUGAAUGAUUUGUUUAAUAUUUUAAUUUUUAUCAAGAAAACACACAGGUUUAAUUAAUCUAAUUUUACUCAUUAUUAACUUAUUAACAACCUAAUGAUUUUACAUGAAUAUAGUACCUGAGUUAAUAGGUUUUUAUGUAUUUGAAGAGUGCAAUAUUUGUUUUUAUUAUAUACUUAUUGAGCUUCUAAACUUUUUUUAAAAACAUUUUUGCCUCACACUGCUUGACAAAGUCUUAAUGCGAUAUUGUAUAAAAUGCAAAAAUUUGUUUUAUGGUUUUGAGUUUUUGAUGAUAAUAAAAUAAUAGCAGAGCAACAUUUAAAACUUAAAUUCAUACUUUUAUAUAAUACUACAAAGUUUGUUUUUUAACUGUAGGUUGUCUGUGUGUGAUUGAUAUGCUUAAUUUUUAUUAACAAAACAAUACUACUUUUUUCAGUGACGAAGAAAUGAUAUACAACAAUGGUGAACUUAACAAAAAUAAUAAACACACCAAAAUGUCUCUGCAGUCCAGAUUACAGGGUAUAUAUACACAUUGUUUUUUCUUGCUUUAUAGUUUUUAGUACCCAGUGGCGACGUUAAUGAUCUGGUUAUUUAAUAAUAGUUAUAUUUGAGUGGAUAGUAAAUAGUAAAUUCAAUUUUUUGCAAAUUUCAUGGUAUUGAUUAGUUUAAAAAGACUAUAACUAGAGGUUAUACAUUGGUUAUUGUAUUGCGCCCCCACCAAUAGACUUAUAGUUACAAUCUUAAUAUGAUAACCAUAAACUUUUAAUGAUUUAUGUGAAUAAAUUUCACGCCGCCACUUUAUUUGUAGUAAAUAAUUGAAUGUUGAAAUUCUUUAUUAAUAUUUUUUAUUUACAUAAUAAAAUCACAGUUUCCGAUUGUCAUCUGUAUGUAUAAUUUUGAGUUAUUUUUUCUUUUUCAAAGGAACACUGGUGGUUGAGAAACCGUUUGUUAACUGAAUUGAACAUUGGAACACCCAUUUCUUAACACUUUAUUCAAUACUACUUAUUUUCAUCUAGUCUUAUUUAGGCGUGCAUGUCCACCUAUCAAACGGUUUCUUCUACCACUAUGUGGAUCAUGAAUUUUUUAAACUACCAAAAUUCAUCGAGUAGAUAUUUUUCAUUAUUAUUACAAUUCCAGAAACACUGUCCAAAGAGGUUAUCAAACGCAAAAAAAACGAAAACUACGACAAAGAAUACUACAAGAAAAUGAAACGUCACGAAGAAGUCAAAGAAAAAUCUCCAGAGUAUGUAGUACAAAACAAAUUUUGUUAUUUUGAUAUGGUUAAGGGCUGUUAACGUUUCAAUUUUUAAUCGUUAAAAGACAUAAUAUGUCUGUUAUAAAUAGUUCAGUCAUUCAGUAAAAUGUAGUUAUAUAUUUUAGUAAAGUUACUGAAUCACUAAAUCAUAAAUUCAGUUACUGAAACAUUUGAACACAAUUAAGUCAUAUUUUUUUUUAUUUUUACACAUUAAUGACAGACAUAAUAAAAACCACAAAUUAUAAUAUAUCUUAAGUUGUGAUAAAAAUGAAUAAUUAUAUUCAAUAUUAUGAUCAUGAUUAAACUUAUUUCGUCUGAAAAAUGAAUAAAGUCCAGUAAUAGAAAAUUGUCAGUGAAUUAUUAAAUACAUGCAAGUGUUUAUUUUAAAAUUUACUUAUUUUUUACACAAAAAUUCACCAGAAUUUUUUCAUCAGUUAUGUUGAUAUAUUGUAAGCAUAUUCUAUUAUAAUAGAAACCAAUAUGAACAUAUCACAUAUUCUGAUUAAAUUAAAAAUUAUUAUUCAUCUGGUCAUCUUGAUUCACACUUAUUUAGCCUAGUUUAACUAGUCAGUAUCAAUCAUCAUCUUACAAACUUUAAAUAUGAUUACAAAACUCAAAAAAUAAUUCACUGUUACAACCCCAGAAAACUCCCAAAAUUAAGUUAUAUUUGUAUUAUAAUAUGGUUUGAUGUCUUUUAGCCGUUACUCUUCUCGGGAAAACAAAGAGCGAAGAAGUAAGAGUUCGAAGAAAUCUCAUUCUAGUCACCAUGGCAGUUCCUCGUCAAAAGACCGCAAGAGUGAACGUAGUAGUAGCAAACGGUCCAAACAUAAGAAAAAGUCCAAAAAGUCCAAAAAACAUGCACAUUAUGAUUUAGAAACGUCAGACGAUAGCACCAAUACCAACAACAGUUGA